AUGGCCUCCUGUGUCCAUUCGGGUGCUUCAGAGCUUAGCCCACCGGGGCCCUCUCAGGCUGUUUAUCGAGAGGAUUGCACUCAGUGCUUUGACUCCAUUGAUAAUGAUUCGGGUCUAAACGUGUGCCUCCAUUGUUUUAAUGGUGGCUGUACUGGGGAUAGAGACCAUGGUUUGCUUCACUACAAGCGCUUUGGGCAUUCACUGGCUCUCAAUAUUCGAAGAAUUCCGAAAAAAGUUCAGCGUGAUGAGCCCCCACCGAAGAUUUCAAAGCUUACGAUCACUGCUGAAACAGAUGAGGAUCGAUACGACAUUGUGACGUCGGUGACAUGUUACUCGUGUGCUCAGCAAGGUGUGGACAAAAUGAGCGGUAACUUACCCUUAGUGAUUGAGGGCAUCAUGAAUGCAAUGACAUUUUCCAAAAGAGAAGAGGUCAAAGCAUGGGAGCAAGAAUUCGUUCCCUGCGAGCACACUUUGUGCCUGGUCCAGCAAGAGAUUGAGGAUGCAGAUAGCAAAGACUCCAGCCAAUGCUCGGCUUGCGAAUUGAAAGAGAACCUGUGGAUUUGUCUGGAAUGUGGAAAUAUUGGCUGCGGAAGAAGCCAAUUCGGUGGCAGUCCGGGAAAUUCACAUGCUCUUGCUCAUGCGGACUCAGCAUCCCACGGCGUUGCUGUUAAACUGGGUUCCAUCACAGCUGAGGGCUCGGCGGACGUAUAUUGCUACAGGUGCAAUGAAGAACGAACUGACCCAGAACUUGCCGAUCAUCUUGCACACUGGGGAAUCUAUUUGGCCGGGCGUGAAAAGACAGAGAAAAGCUUGAUGGAGAUGCAGGUAGAACACAACAUGCAGUGGGAGUUCUCCAUGACAACUGAGGAUGGCCGUGAGCUAUUACCAGUCUUUGGUCCCGGUUUCACCGGGCUGGCCAAUCUUGGAAACAGCUGUUAUCUGUCCAGUACCAUGCAAUGCAUCUUCUCGACACCUGGUUUUGCAGAGCGCUACUUCCAUCCUACUGAGGAACCACCGCUGUGUCAGACCCCCGCUCAGGACCUGGAAACUCAAUUGAGAAAGCUUGCGGAUGGCAUCCUGUCCGGUCGGUACUCUCAGCCAGCUUCACGUGUUGUUGCUGUCCCGGAUACCCCAGAUGUUCCCCAUCACAAGGGUCUGCCACCGACAAUGUUCAAGUACCUCAUCGGACAGGGUCACGAAGAAUUUGCAACAAUGAGACAGCAGGAUGCAUUCGAGUUUCUUCUUCAUGUUUUUAAAUCUGUUAGUCUCUCGAAACAUCAGGGAACUAUGUACAACCCUGUGCAAGAUUUCCGAUUCGAGGUUGAACAGCGUCUUCAAUGCUUGAGCUGCAGGAAGGUCCGCUACAAGGUAGACGAGCAGGACAAUAUCUCCGUUGCAGUCCCUGCACGCCGUGUGCCGAGCGAGACUGGACGUUUUGAAUCGGUGACUUUGUCAGAGUGUUUGGACAUAUUUACGGCACAGGAGAUUGUUGAGCUCAGUUGCCCUGCCUGUGAUAGCCAUGAUGGGUUUUCCAAGCGUUCUUCCUUCAAGACCUUACCGCGUGAACUGGCUAUAAAUGCCCGUCGCUUUGAGCUGGUAAAUUGGGUUCCUACCAAGCUUGAUAUUCCAGUGCUCGUCGACGAUAAGCCAAUCGACUUUGGAGCCUAUCUGGCUACGGAGCGUGAUCCAAAUGAGGAACUUCUGCCAGAGGUCAGCGACAACAUUAUUUUCGUGCCUAAUCCUGGUGUCCUUGAUCAGUUGUUGGGUAUGGGGUUCCCGCCUGCAAGGUGCGAGAAGGCUCUGCACGCAACCGGAAACUCUGACCCUGAGGCUGCCAUGAACUGGUUGUUUGCUCAUAUGGAAGAUCCGGACAUUGAUGACCCACUAGUCUUGGAUCAAAGCACAAGUGGAUCUAAGGAUGCUGAGCAGGAUGAAGGAAAGAUAAUGCAGCUUGGGGAGAUGGGUAUCGAGGCCGCUCGAGCCCGGCAGGCUUUAGCUGCGACUGACGGCGAUGUGAACCGUGCUCUGGACUGGGUCUUUAGCCACCCUGAGGAUGAAGUGGAGGAUAUUCAGACGGACAGUGAUGUCCACCGCGUACCAUCUGGAUAUGACAGCAAACCGGCCUUUUAUCAGAUACGAUCUAUCGUUUGUCACAAGGGUACCUCUGUUCAUGCAGGGCAUUAUGUGGCUUUUGUCCGCAAGGCACUGCCGGGUCAAGACGGCCUUUCAUGGGUCAUGUUCAAUGACGAAAAGGUCGUGAGGUAUGACGAUAUCGAGGAAAUGAAGAAGACUGCUUACGUGUACUUCCUCACAAGGGUAUAG